AUGAGAGUAGGGUCGAAAAACUUUGACCUCAUCGCUCUUCGUCUACGGUCCAGCAACGAGGUUUUCUGCAUGGCAGCUAUACUACCGAGUGACGCCAUAGCUGGAGACGAACAAACCCUUCCUCCGGAUUUCCAAAGGCUCUCCAUUUUACUCGACGACAGUCCCGAGACCCUUGCGUCUGGAAAUCCUGAUAUACAGGUCGCGGCCUUAGCGGUAGCGAAACAUAUCUUCGAUCUCUCUGUACAAUCUGAAUCCUCUUCACGACAUCAUGUUGUGGACCUCAUCUCGUCUCUUGCACCUUCCCAGGCGCCCCAGACAAGGUCGAAGAUGAAAGCUCAAGCUGAGCAUUCGACCUCUCAAACUUCUCAAACUCAGAAAGCGAUAUUUGAUUUCUCUCCUAUAGCAUCCUUAUUCGUGGACGGAAUGGAUGUCGAGCAAAUAUGGGUACAACUUGAUCUUCGAACCCAGACAAUCUGUCGAAUGCUUGACUUCGUUUUGGAGGGCGUAUCGAGCGAACCUGGACAGCAUGAAGAUGAGGAUAAGGAGGAAAGUAGCGAGGACGGUGAAGAGCUGCUGCAAAAGGCCCUAGCAGCUCUUGAGCAGGACGAGGACGUCGACAUGGACAAAUUCAUGGCGAAAUAUGGGCUCGACGACGUUGACGAGCUCCUUGACUCUGCAGAUGAAGAAACUUCCGAUGACUUUGAUUUCGACGACGGGGACGAGCAAGCAGAAAACGCCGAAGGCGAAGAAGAGGGAGAAGAGGACAUUUCCCCGCUUCGUGACCCGUCGGACGAGGAUAGUGAUAGCGACAGUCCGGCCUCUCAAUUGAUCAACUCCAUCUUGAAAAAACCGCAGAAGAGGAAGAAAAACGGCCCAAACGGUCCUGCCUCCGAGCUGGAUGAUGGUUUCUUCAGCCUGGCGGAAUUCAAUGCCGAUACUGAACGGGCAGAAGCUAAAUCGACCUCACGGGGGAAGCUUGCGGGAGAUGAUUCGGAUGACGAUGAAAUGGAGGUCGACUUAUUUACAUCAGUUGAUGCUAUUGGGGAUGAGGGUGGUCUUGAAGAGCGUGAACUGUUCUAUCGCGACUUUUUCGAGCCACCCACGCGCUAUUCGUCGACAUCACCUGCCAAGUCAAAAAAGCAAACUAACGGUCUAGUUCGGUUCCAUGAAGAAGUUCGCGUCAAAAGGAUCAAGCCCACAGGAAAGAACAGACCCAUGCAUGAGGAUAGUGACGAAGAUGACGAGGAGGAAGACGAAGACGAGGGUGAGGAAGAUGAUGACUACGGCGAAGACGAUUCGGACGAGGACGAGGACGAGGAGGCUUCCGCCGAGGAGCAAGACCUGCGAGCUGAAGAGAAAAUUAGUGGGGAAAUUUCGGAUGAAAGCUCAGAGCUCGAAGAGAACACUAUUCAGCGCCUGAAGCACGAUCUAUCUGCCCACGAGGAAGAUGAUAACGAGGAUGAUCGCACAACACACGAAAAACGAAUGGCGGCUCUAAGGGAGCAAAUCGCCCAGCUCGAGUCAGAGAAUGUUGCGCCUAAGGAAUGGACGCUCAUGGGAGAAGCUAGCUCGCGACAACGGACACAAAAUUCACUCCUGGAGGAAGACCUAGAUUUUGACCGUGUCAUGAAAGCCGUCCCUGUCAUUACCGAAGAAGUUGUACAAUCAUUGGAAGAGACCAUCAAGGCACGCAUAUUGGAAGGUCGCUUCGAUGAUGUUGUUCGCAUUCGACCGCGCGAGGAUAAACCCUUCUUACCCUCAAAAUUCCUCGAAUUACAGGACACCAAGUCGACUCAGUCUCUUGCCCAGAUUUAUGAAAACGAAUUUGUUGCAAGUCAGGCAGGAGGGGCUCUUCCCGAUGACCGUGACGGAAAACUUCAGAGGGAACAUCAAGGAAUCACAGCGCUUUGGGAAAAAAUAUGUGGCAAACUUGAUGCUCUCUGCAACGUGCAUUAUGUUCCUAAACAGCCCAAAGCAGCGAUAACCACCGUCUCAAAUGUAGCGACGGCUUCGUUGGAAUCGGCCCUGCCGACCUCAAAAGCAACCACGACAAUGCUUGCCCCAGAGGAGGUUUUCUCGGCAUCGUCUUCGGCGCUGCAAGCUCGGAGCGAACUUACACCUGCUGAGAAGCGUACGCUGAGGACUAAGGAGCGUAAGCAGAAAAAACGCCAGCGCGACACUCUGGACAGGAGUGUCGAUAAGUUCGCCAAGGCAAGGAGUAUCGGUGGAGUCAAGAAGCAAAAGCAGGCUGCUCUUGAUAGCAUCGUGAAACAUGGGAAGGGUGUAACGGUCGUUGGAAAGAAGGGCACAUCGUCAGGAUCGGACUCUAAGCGAAAGCGGCAAGGGCGUGGUUCAUAA